AUGACCUUUGCCGUGCUGGGUGCGGCGGAAGUGAAUGGGUUGAAGCUGCUGAAGCUCAAGUCAGCCGACGUGGAAGCAGGAUGGAAGGGGCGGGCGAGCAUGGAGGACGCAAACUUUUGGACAGCCGACGCUGUGAGCUCGCUAGGCUCUGACGGUGAGAAGCUGGAGGAGGACAAGAAGUUCGGCGUCUUUUGGAUGCCAUGGGCAGACGUCAGGAGCCGCUUCCAGUCAGUCUUCUGCAGCUGGAGUCCAGCUCGCUUCCGCUACCAUCGCAGCUUGCACGGG